CUUCAAAACAUACUUGAAAAUGCAAGGAACAAUUUAUUGUAUAAGACAUAAUUUGAUCCCAUCCGCACAAUCUCUGCGACCGCUACCGCUUGAGAAACAAGGAAACGGCGAGAGCGUUCGGACGGUGGUGGAGGAGAACGCGGUGAUUGUGAUUGGACGGAGAGGAUGUUGCAUGUGUCAUGUUUUGAAGAAGCUGCUUCUUGGACUUGGAGUAAAUCCGGCGGUUCAUGAGAUCGAUGAGGAGAGUGAAGAUGAAGUUAUGAGUGAGCUAGAGAAGAUUGGCGUUGAAGGCGGCAGUGAAACGGUGGAAUUACCGGCGGUUUAUAUAGGAGGGAGGUUGUUUGGAGGGUUAGAUAGGGUUAUGGCCGCUCAUAUCUCCGGUGACUUGGUUCCAAUUCUUAAGGAGGUUGGAGCUUUGUGGUUGUGAUUUUUCUUCACAUAAUUUUUUUCACCAUAUGUAUAUUCGGUAAUGGUUGUUAAUUGUUAGGUUUUUAUAAUGGAUCAAUGUUUUUCUUUUC